ACAGAUGGUUGUGAGCCACCAUGUGGUUGCUGGGAAUUGAACUCAGGACCUUUGGUAGAGCAGGCAAUGCUCUUAACCUCUGAGCCAUCUCUCCAGCCCUUAAAGUUUUUUUUUAACUAUCAGUUUGGUUUUCUUUGUUUUAUUUCUUUUUUGGUAAAUUUUUGUGGUUGGUUUAAGCUGUUGAAUUUGUUGGUGUUAUACCCCUAUUAUUUUGAAUAGCUGCAUUUUGUGGUAUAGUCUUGUGCUCAAGGUAUUUGUUACGUGGUCUUCUUGGCCAUUCAGUAGGACCACUGAGAUGACUUGGCGUAAGGAUGCUUGCUGCCACACCUGCUAACCUGUUUGAUUUCCUGAAGCCACACAGUAGGAGAGAACUGACCUCCACACAUAUACACAAGUAGAUGAAUGUGCUAAAAUCUUGGUGGUGUAUUUAAAGUCUAGGAUCCACUUCAGGGCUAGGACUUGGUUUUACCUUGCUGGCAAGCUGUCCUGUGAGACUGUUCACUGCUCCAGGAUGCUGGUCAUCGUGUGCACAGGUAAUACUGUAAGUGUGAAGCAGCUUCUGCCCGUCGUGGUGAUAGCUCUGCUUUCCAGAGCUGAUGAAGGCAUAUGGAGGAACUGCUGGGGAGCCUGACACUUUGGGGUUUGUUUUAUUUUUAAUUAUUUUAUGUUCAUUGAUAUUUUGUCAUGGGUGUUGGGUCCCCUGAAACUGGAGUUACAGAUGGUUGUGAGCUGUCAUGUGGGUACUGGGGAUUGAACCCAGGUCCUUUGGAAAAGCAGUCAGUGCUCUUAACCACUGAGCCAUCUCUCCAGCCCAAGGCUGACACUUGGAAAGUAUCAUUCUGAGUGGUGAUUUUGCAGAGCUUAAAGUCAGGUAGCCUCCUUGCCCCUGCGUCUCCUUCAUGACUUUAUUGGACAAGAUGACAAUGGCGUUAAAGUUGGCCUUUGUGCUGCCUCCUUGAGUGUGGAGGACUCAGGCUUCCACUGUAAUAUCCUAGGAUUGUGGGAGGCAUAUAGGGUCCUGGAGAACAAAGAGAAUGGGAGGAAAUAUAGACGAGGGGAGAAAGUGCCACUUGGGUGUCUGUCGGGUAUCUUUGCUACGUGAUAAAUUAUCCCAGCGCAAAACAGCCUAGAACAACAUAGUGGUUUCUUACUCAGAUUCUUGUCUUAGAAAUGGCUUAGCUCCAAAGUUCUGGUCUAGGCACUCCCCCAGGGCUGCACUCUCUGACUGCCCACCUGCAGCUGAAGGGUCUGUUUCUGAGCAGGAGUGUCCCCCGCCCCAAGGCAGUGGGUCACCUUCAUAUCAAAGCAGCUGCUUCCCUCACAGUGAAAGAUAAGCAAGACAGAAAAAACUCAGCUUUAUUCAGAGUCCAACUUUGGAAGUGAGGAUAGCUCACAGAUCCCACAGAUCAGCUCUGACAUGGUGGAGAGGACACAGAGAGAGUCACAGUGGAGAGGACAGAGAGAGUCACAGUGGAGAGGACAGAGAGAGUCACAGUGAAGAGGACACAGUCACAGUGGAGAGGACACAGAGAGAGAGAGUCACAGUGGAGAGGACAUACACAGUCACAGUGGAGAGGACACAGAGAGUCACAGUGGAGAGGACACAGAGUCACAGUGGAGAGGACACACAGAGUCACAGUGGAGAGGACACAGAGAGAGUCACAGUGGAGAGGACACAGAGUCACAGUGGAGAGGACACAGAGUCACAGUGGAGAGGACACAGAGAGUCACAACCAGUGGAGUCACUGCACUUUUUGUUUGUUUAGUUUUUUUGUUUUUGUUUUUUCGGGACAGGGUUUUUCUAUAGCUUUGGAGCCUGUUCUGGAACUAGCUCUUGUAGACCAGUCUAUCCUCGAACUCACAGAUAUCCGCUUGCCUUUGCCUCUGGAGUGCUGGGAUUAAAAGCAUGUGCUACCACUACUCGGCUGGAAUCACUGUUUUUGAGACAGGGUCUCAUGUAGUCCAGGCUAGCCCUAAAUGCUGGGAUCACAGGUGUACACCACCAUGCCCAGCUCUCUGUGAACUGUCCUCAAAAUAGUUACCCUGGUGACCUCACCUGUUGGCUUCUCUGAUGACAUUCUGGUGACCUGCUAAAGGCCAGGCUUGGAGAGCCUCCUGGAGAUCUGGUUUGUGAGUAACGCAAAUGUGUUGAGCUACACAGAAAACUGUAGCAGGGACUGGGGCAGCACUUGCUCUUGCAGAGAACUCAAGUUCAGUUCCCAGCACCCAUGUCGGGCCCCUCACAACCAUCUGUAACUCCAGCUCCAGGGCAUCUGACUCUCUUUGCCUCCAUGUACAUAAUUUUAAAAAAUUAAAAAUAAUUUGAAUUAGACCCAAUAAUGUCUACUCCCUCAACACUGGCUAUCACAGUGGGAGCAUGGAUCUGUUUGGAGAUAUAGAUGACAUUUCUUCAGAGAGCGAUGAAGACCAGCGGACGCCUGUUCCAAGACAGCCUGUGGUGAGUAUAGUCACCAGCCACACUGAUCACAGGAUUGGCGGAUGUGGACUGCCUCGGAACCAGCAUGUGGACCUGCGUAUUCCUGAAACCAGAGUAAAAGUUGAAAUUCCCAGCAUCAACACUGACUUAGGGAAUGAACUGUAUUUUGUUAAACUCCCCAGAUUUCUCAGGAUAGAACCCAAACCUUUUGAUCCUCAGCAUUAUGAAGAUGAAUGUGAAGAUGAGAAAGUGCUUUAUGAGGACAAUAAGACUAAGUUAAAGUUGAAGGUGGAAAACACUAUACGCUGGAGGAUCCGCCGGGAUGAAGAAGGCUAUAAAAUUAAAGAAAGCAAUGCCCGUAUCGUCAAGUGGUCAGAUGGAAGCAUGUCCCUGCAUUUAGGCAGUGAAGUGUUCGAUGUCCACAAAGCCCCACUGCAGGACAACCACAACCAGCUGUUUAUACGGGAAGACACUGGUCUCCGGGGACAAGCCAUCUUUAAAUCCAAACUUACCUUUAGACCUCACUGUGCAGACGGUGCCACAUAUAAAAAGCUGACCCUUUCGUUUAAGAACCCAAGUUCAAAGACACAGAUUAGAAUCCUACCGAUGGCUGGUUGUGACCCUGAGUGGCCACGCACAGAGAUUCAGAAAAAAGAACGCCGAAGGCGACGGAACUUGCGUUCUAAGGGGAAGGAUGAGCUGCAUUCUAGUCCCACCAUCCAGCAGCCUGACGGUGAGGACAAGGAAGAGGAGGAAGAAGAGGACACGACAUCCAGACUAGAGACCACUGAAAACCAUUACCAGGAAGCAGUUCACAGUAAGUCAGUGUCAGAGCUCAUUUCAGUAGGUGACUGUGCUGGAAAAUGGCAGAGAAGGCAGGCAAGGGGAAAUCAUGGUGGUUAUAACUUAAGAUGGCCACAGCCAGGUAAAAGAAGGGUCCCUCCAAAGAUAAUUCCCCUUCCUAAAAUAAUCCCUUUCCUUGCAGAGGAACAAGUCCUGUCUUCCUUGGAUGGCGACGAUGAAGGAUCUGGAGACGACAAGGCUAGAAGAGUUCUUAAAGCCAAGACACUCACGAGUGACAAGGGAGAUGAACCCUCCAGUAAGAGGCCAAGGGGAGAAGAGGAAGACUGAAGCAUGAAGUGAAAUGUGUGCUGGUGUCUAUCAAAAUUUCCUCAGUUUUCUGUUUGUGCUGGGAUUGAAUUCAGGGUUUCCUGUCUGCUGAACAUGAGUCUACUGCUUAGGUCCUCCCUAAACCCCUCAAAUACAUUAAAGCAAGGAUGAUUAUUUUGACUCACAUAAACCAAUGACAUGGGCCACGCAGAAACCAUUUUCCUUCCAUGUAUGCGUGUGUAUGUAUAUGUGUAUACACACACAUAUACAUACAUACAUAUACAUUUUUUUUUAAUUUAAGAUCUCACCAUGUAGCCCUGACUGGCCUGGAACUUGCUAUGCAGACUAGACUGGCAUGGACCACGGAACACACAAAGAUCUGCCUGUCUCUGCCUCCUGAGGGCUGAGAUUAAAUGUAUGUGCCACUAUGCCUGGCCCCCUUUAUACUUUUAUAGCUGUGUUGUGGCUGUAUAGUAAAAACAUUUCAGUUAGCAUUAGCUCCAGAAAGAACAUUUAGACUCAUUGAGAAUACUCAGAAGUCCUUAGCUUCAGUUCCAGGUUCAGGGAGCCUGUGGGUCAUGACUUCUUUGGGGUUGAACAACUCUUUCACAGGGGUCACAUAGCAGGUAACCUGCUUAUCAGAUAUUUACAUUAUGAUUCAGAACAGCAGCAAAAUUAUAGUCAUGAAGUAGCAAUGAAAACAGUUUUAUGGUUGGGAGUCACAUGAGGAACUGUGUUAAAGGGUCACAGCAUUAGGAAGGUUGAGAACCACUGCUUUACAUGGUGCUGACUUGGAUGGAGCCUCUGAUAUGUCCACGAACUUGUAGGCCAACACCACACACCAUGCAGGAAAGCUUAACAUCUGAAGGGCAACACUGUUUGGCAAUUUUGUAUUGCAUGUGUUUGGCCACACAGACGGUUUGCUGGUCCCAGCUCAGCAUCUGUAGCUGGGGUGCUUCAGAGAACACACAUGGGCACUGUUCAGACCCAGCCUGUAGCACCCUCAUCCUCUCCUACUUAGGAGAGCUCCCUGACUCACCAUCCUCAGAAGGCCAAAGAGCAUGGCUACUUUUACUCAUAAAACGGUGAUUUUGGUCAGCUUCAUGCCUAAUUAUAGCACUUGAGAGACUGAGGCAGGAGGACUGCUGUAAGUCUAAGGCCAGCCUUGUCUCCAACAAACAAAAAAAAAUCACUUCAUAUGGUUCCGUUAAAUAUCAACACUCAUUCUUGUCUCUCCAUAACUAAGCCGACACAUACAGCAGACAGAUUUUACAGUUAGGCAAAGGACACUGGGUACCAGUCACCCUCCCACCCCAUCCCCACAGUCAGUGGAAUGUAUUAUGGCAGACACAGCUGAGCACUGAUGCAAAGAUGGCCAACUGCUGACCAUUUUGUACGGUUCUACAGGGAAACACAUGGCAAUGCAGGCUACAGACUGGUUGGCUCCCACAGGCUUCAUCCCUCAUACCCCUAGCAUCAAGGCUCAGUCCUCGUGAGAGCUUGUAGACAGCUAGCUCCUUCCUGAUGGUCCUCACAUGGUAGUGAGUCUUCUAUCUCUUCUUAAACAGCCACUAGUCCAGGAUGAGAGUCCCACUUUGGGGACCUUAUAUACCCUUAUUGCCUUCCAAAGGGCCAUCUCCCAAGACCCACCCCUACUGCAUGGUAGGACUUCAGUACAGGAAUUUGAGGAGGAUAAAAAUAGUCUGUAAUAGGCAGGAAAGAGUAGCUUGGGAAUUAAUAAGCUUUAUAUCUUAAAAGGGUUUAUUAAUCAGAUUAUCAUACAAAGCAGUGGGCCUCAGUGGCAUCUUUGUACGUAAAGUCCGAAUACAGGAUGAACUUUAAUAAAGUUAUUUGUUUUAGUAUACCGUAUGUUUUGUAUAAACUGGGUGGAUAAUACUUGUGAAAUGUCAGAAAGUUCAUUGCUUUCCUACUUACAAAGCAUUUAGUGUUUGGUAUGUUAGUGUUAGAAAAACCUUACUUAAUGCCCCAUUUCAAAGAACGAGAAACAUUUACUGCCAUAAAGGCCUAUUCAGGCUUCAAACAAAAACAAACCAAAUGUGGUGUAUCUACAUGACUAGAACAGAAAUAAAGUGGGGGUGUGGAUUCACAAGGGCUUUGUGUGUGUGUGUGUGUGCAUACUUUCUCUGCCUUCCAAAGGCCCAUCUUCAGCAUGAGGACUGGGGAGGAUACAAAGAUGGAGUUCCUAACAGAUAGGAAUCAGUAAACUUGCUUUUUUUUUUUUUUUUUUUUUAGGCUUUAGGUUAGCAGGACUCUACUGCCUCAGGCUCUGUGCUAGGGUUCUACCCCAGCCUGGGAAACACUGUAAACAGCAAUUCCUAGGCACAGAAAUCUAAAAUCUUGGGACUACUAAUUAAAUGUAUUGCUCAGCUGUGCAAAGCCAUGCAUGUCUGUAGUCCCAGCUACUCAGGAGGCGGAGGCUGAGCUCAUUGAGCUCCCGGUCUGGAGGCCAGCCUAGGCAGUGAGAACCUGCCCUAAAAACUAAACAAAAACCAAGAGAAACCUCACCGUCAUAUUCUUUUUAAGCAGAGAUGAAAUAAACUGUUAAGAAUUGCUACACACACCAAUUGAGAAACACCUAGAGGGAACUUGCUGCUUCUUGUUCUGCCACAGACAUCACAGACGUUCAGUUAGGAGGCCAUUUGCAAACCAGAUCUCAAUCUGCUGGCACUCAGGCCUUGGCUUUUUAGCUUCAGAACUUGAAAUUUCACACUGCUUCAAGAAUAGUAUUUACUAGCCAUGAGAGAAGGAAAACAAUGAUUCUUGCUGAGGGGAAAGAGAAACCUGUCUCCUGAUGCUUCAGUCUGCCUCCAAGGCAGUGCCUGGAACAUUGCACCCUCAAGAGCACAGGACUGCAGUGUCCUCAUGUGGCAACCGGUGAAAGGCUAAAUGUACACCCCAAUAUCAGGCCCUUUAAAAAGGCACAUUGCUGGAUAACUGGGGAGGAAGGGGGGUGUCUAUAGUGCCCAGCCAAACUUAGACAUUCAAAGAUACACAAUAACGAAGGGUCCUGUUCUCGGUGACGUCAGUUUGCUGUCACCUUUAAUCACUGGAGAAGACAGUCUUGAGGGCUACAGUUUUCCCCAAAUCCCAUCUGGAGAAACCAGGCUCUUGGCAGGUGGAGCAGCUCUGCCUUCUACCAGGAUACUUCUGUUGUGUGCCGAGGACAGAAGACAGGCUCUGGGCUGCAACUUGACUUUGGUGGCAGGGGAGCUGUGUUCUCUGAGAUGGAGAUGGCUGUUGGAUGAUGUGGUGCUUUGAGUAGCAAUGACCCCGUAAGUUCGUAUAUUUGAAUGCUUGGCCACUAGGGAGUGGACCUUGUUAAAGGAAGUGUCAUUGGGGUGUGCUCUGAGGUUUCAGAAGCUCAAGGCUCAGUGUCUCUCUCUUCCUGCUGUCUGGCAAUAGAAUAGAUAUAGAACACUCAGCUCCUUCUCCAGCACCAUGCCUGCUGGCAUGCACCAUGCUUUGCUCCAUGAUAAUGAACUAAACCUCUGAACUAAGCCAGCCCCAAUUAAAAGCUGUCCCUUAUAAGAGUUUCUGACGCUGGGCUGUGCUUUAUUCUGAGCACUUGGGUGGCAGAGACAGGCGGAUCUCUGUGAGUUUGAGGCCACCCUGUUCUACAAGACCUAGUUCCAGGACAGGCUCCCAAGCUACACAGAGAAACUCUGUCUCAAAAAUCCAAAAAAGAAAACAAAAUCAUCGUGACCUAGAAGCCCUAACUAAGACAGAUGAAUACUGCAGGAAGUAAACUCAAGCACGGAUCUCAUUUGUGGAACACCAGCGAAGAUACAGUGAGUAUGGUGAGCAGAUCCAGUGAACAAAUGCAUGCCAGUCUGUCUCAGCAGCCAGCAGUGCUGCAUCAGAUCUGCGGACGGAGAAGCAAACAGCAGGCACUAGAGAGUGCAGGCUGGAGGCUGAGGAGCAGGAAGUGACUGGCUCUGACUCUGGCAUUGGCAUUUGGGGCUGGCGAUCUUCAGGACAACUCAGGCAUUCUGUAAGUGCACAGAGUGGCUCAACCACACAACCAGCUGCUUUGAUACUACACGGCCUCAAUUGUAUUUUCUUAGUAACCGAAGUUGAGAUAGCUGAAUUAUUAGGAGUUGGAUAGGAACUCUGCACUGGGAGUUCUUUUCAUUUUGUUUAUUCAGUUGAAAGCAUAUAUAGUAUAGCUUCUGCAAUGAAAACAAGGAGAAAGGAAGAAAACUCUUAGAUAUUGUGUCCUUGGUGCCCUUGUGAAAAUUGUAAUUGGGCUUUCUGGAUUACAGGUUGUAAACAUACAAACCUAGCUUUAAAAACCGUGGGGCCAGCGAGCUGCUUUGGAGGGUAAAGGUGCUAGUUUUGCUUUCCAGGAGGAGAGGACAGACUUCAUAGGUUGUCCCCUAACCUCCACGUGUGCCAUGGCAUGUGUACACAUGUGUCUGCGCACACACACAUUUUUAAAAAGAAGUACCGAGAAUUCAUUCUUAAGCUUAUCUGGAUAUAUAAAUUACAGUAUCUGAAAGUUUUUUAUGGGAUUUUCUCUGUAUCAAAGCACCGACAAUGUAGAAAAAGGAAUGGCACCUCUAAGGGUGAGGGUGCCCUAAAGGUGUGAACUUGCAUGGGUUAGCGACAGAACGACAGAGCAAGUGUGUUUAGUGCUGCAGUCUAUUUUUGCCUGGCCUUUGAAACGGGUAUCCCAGGUCCAACUCUACCCGUUAGCUAAGGCUUUCUAAAAUACACGACAAAGCAAAAACAUAAAAGUAAUACGUGGCAAUGAUUAAUGUAGUUUACUCAGAAGUGUCUUUGUUUCUAGCUGAUAUCAAGGUUAGCCCUUCUAAAUGAUAGACUGAAAAGUGAAAUUGAAAUGAAAUGUUAUAUUUACUAUAAAAUCUGCAUAUUUUUAUUUUCUGUGUGUGUGUGCCUGCUUGUCUGUAUGUGUACCACAUGUGUGCAGGGGCCCACAGAAGCCAAAAGAGGGUAUAAUCUCUGGAACUGGAGUGACAGGAGAUUGUGAGCUGCCUGAUGUGGGUGCUGGGACCUGAACCUGGGACCUCUGAAAGAGCAGCCAAUGCUCUUAAUGACUGAGCCAUCUCUCCAGCCCCUAUGUUUAAUUUUUAUAAGGAAAGAUUAAUGGAAUCAGGUUACAGUGCAGAAAAGUCAACAGGACAUGAAGUUCCUGUUUCUCAGUUCGGUAGCAGCUCUAAGUAUGGAGAGAGGAUGAGCUAGAAAUGUAGUGAUCUGUGAGAAGCGAUGGAGAAGACAGGCCAGCAGACAGAUGCUCAGCCCCAGAGCUCACACCUGUGCCCGGCAGCAUCAGCAGCAGUUGUCUCAAAUGCUCACAGCUUCACUUCUCUUGGGUGGCAUGUCUUCAGUUGAUGCUGUUCAGAGCGGAGCAGGGCUGGAGGACACAGCCAGAUACGGCUUCAGGGCGGCAGUGGCUGUGACUGCAGCUGAACCGUAUUCAGCUGCUGGGUAAUAGUGGGAAGAGUGGCUCCUGACUUUGUACAGAAAAACUGAAACAGCCCUGGGAACCACAGGUUUUAUGCUUAAUAAUAUCUUUUAGUGGCAAUAAGGGUUAAACAUAAGGUAUAUACAACUAAUACUUUAGUAAGACAGUUUCUUUUAUAAUUUUAUUAUAUCACCUUUAAAGGAAAAUACAUGAAGGGAUCAUCAGUUGGAAACAAUUUUUAAGGUUCUAUUUACAACACCUCUUCUUCAGGAGUGUGCCCCUUGUAUAAGUGUGUGGCUAAUGUGACCAGGGAUAAUAUGUAACUUAAUGACCACGACAUUCUCCUUGGAAUCACCAACAUCUGCUUAUAUGUUCAAUACAAAAUGUUUAUUUGGUCUUUGAAAUGACAGGCACCUUUAGAAAAUGUAUUUUACUUAUUUUUUAAACUCCAGUAGGUUUCAGCUAUAAUAAGUGUAUAGCACCAAAAUCUACGUUCAAGGUAUUAA